GCACUGCUAUAAUUACAAAAGCUGGACGACUUUUACUUUGAAAAUGUGUUAUGGUCCUGCCACAUAGUAAACUUUCGGUCAGUGAGUACCUCGACACUUUUGAACCAACGUAAUGUUAAGUUAUUGAAGUAAAAAGAAAGUAAGACAUUAGAUUGUAUGUAUUCAUCUGUUUAUGUUAAUACAUUUUCUAGCACAGAUUCUGUCAAAAAGGCUACAUUGUUGGAUACACGUAGCGUGCGUGAGCGUGAAUAUUCGAAAUUACAUAGGUAAUUUAAAAAUGGGUUAAUAGCAAAGUUGAUGAUCUGCUAAAUACUCAGUAGCUUGUAUAGUUCUGCUUUGAAACUUGAUGAACACUACAUGGACAAAUAGCAUGUGCAAUUACAAGUGUGACCGUUUAGCGAACACCAUAGCGUAUAAGUCUUGACUCCGAAUUGAGGGACACCUACAAAGGCUUUCGUGACUUCACGUACGUUAAUAUGCUACGUUUUUUCGUGUUUCGUUUCUGUAACGUUAUCUUUGAAAAGAGUAGCAACAAAAUCAUAUCACACUAGAGACCCACACUUUAACCUAAUAUGUGUAAACGAUAAUGCAUGAGACACAUCUAAAGCAUUAAGCUACAUAUUAGGUAUUGCAAAGUUAAGUGUGGUUGUCAAAAUAGCUUUAUUAAAUUACACUGGUGGAGAAUACAAUGUUGAUUCUUGUGUUUGUGACAUUUAUUCUUGAUUGAAUCUUGAUCUCUACAUCAAACCAGCUGAAGCAAACACAUCUUUGCUUUCUUCAUAGGACUGCCAGGAGAGUUAAAGACUGAGGCUGAACCAACAUCUGGCAGGAAAGAGUGCACCACUGCCAAGAUUGCACAUGGCAAUGAAUACAGGUGUUACAAACCCAGCCUACAAAAGUGGUUCAUGCUACGUGUGAACAUACAACAAGUGAAAAUGAUGAAGCAGCCACACAGCGCCUCAAUCCCAUCACCACAACCAAAACUUGUGUGUAAAGGUGAAUGUAACAUCACAGCAUGUUCUGAUCCUAAGUCAGCUGAAUGUAUUGUGGUUCCCAUCAGUGUUAAACCAGAGCCAGAUUUAGAUCCAUAUUUUCUCUCACUUGAGUUGCCCUCGAGAGAAUCUGAAAUCAGUCUAGAUGAUCAGAAGAUGAAGUUUGAUCUUUUGAACCUCAAAUUGGAGAUUAAGUCUGAACUGUCCACUGAGGAACAUAUUUCUUUUGAUGUUGCUGAGAUGAUUGUGGACCCGUUCAAAGACUGUUUGGUCAAACCUGAGAAUGAGCAAGUACACAACCAUGAUAUUCCAGAACACUCAGAAAAAAGUCUGGGUGCAUUCUCAGAAGAAAGUAUGCUGUAUCCAACACCACAAGCAAAAGAUCACAACAUUUCUGAGGCGUCGGUGCUUAAUGAGACUGAAGGAUUAAACCAGGAAGGCCGCGUUUGUCAUCGUCUGAGGUAUAGAAGCCAAGUGCAAAAGAGACAUGUGAAACAACUACAACACAGUGAGAAAGAAACUUGUGAAGCAAAGACCAAACAAAAAAACUCGACAACGCAGGCCUGCUCGCUUUGUGGUAACAUCUUCGCCAACUCCAACAGUUUGCGGGUUCACAUGCGGAUACACACCGGGGAGAAGCCGUACGUCUGCUCCACCUGUGGGAAAGCGUUUGCACACUCCCACUGGCUAAAAGACCACACACGGAUCCACACAGGUCAAAAAAAGCCAGACAAAAUGCAGAGAUUCCCCUGCAGCAAGUGUGACAAGACCUUUUCCAGGGCCCAUGGCCUUCGAUACCACAUGCGCCGACACACACGGGAAAGGCCGUAUGCUUGCUACUUGUGUGAGAAACGCUUCAUUAAUGUCAGUGACCUGAACCAGCACAUUAAGGGCCACUCCAACAUCAGGCCUUUUGUUUGCACUGAGUGUGGAAACAGCUUCCACCGCCGGUGUACACUAGAGAAACACCAACGUAUCCACACAGGCGAGAGGCCAUACAACUGUCCAGAGUGUGGGAAAGCCCUACGAUAUAAAUACUCUUUAACCAUGCACAUGAAGACCCACAAAAAAGGAUGAACUGAAUAAGAUUUUGUUAAUCAGCGUGAAGUUUAUCCACUUGAGUGACCUGAGGCGACAUGUUAGAGGUCACAUGAGACCACCCCACUCUUGUGAUGAGUGUGGACGGCAGUUCCACCAAGUCAGCAUUCUACGAAAACACCUGCAUAUACACACCGGAGAGCGGCCGUUCAGUUGCAUCCCCUGUGGGAAAUCAUACCGUCACCAAGAUUCUCUUAGACUUAGACAGCACCUUAAAUUUCACAAACAAUAUUGUUAAGUUGUGAAUAAAAAUAAAAA